AUGUCUCAACUGGACAUGGAGAGCUUGCUGCACUACGAGCACCACUUGGCUGCUUGCUACGAGGCAGAGUAUCUCUUGGAGCUCUCCAUGAGGCGGGAACAUAUCAGUGAGGGGACAGCGAGCAGCUGGGGUGACUACGAUGACUCGAGCGAGGUCCGAGCCACAACCUAUCAUCCUUACUCCUCCUCUCCUUCGUUUCUCCUGAGCAGCAGUGGUGUGGAAGAAAUGGAAACUGAGAAUAAUCUGACGCCUAACUUUCGGACAUCAAGACUAAAACCGAACGAGUCAGACUCUCUCUUUUUCAACUCCAGCCUCCAUCACCAUAGCAGUAAUCCCUCCUCUGAACCUUCACUCUCUUCACUACCACUGCAACCCAGCCAAACCCUCCCUCCCAUCGCGCCUCUCCCAGCCACCCAUGUCGUGUGUGGAAAGAGAGGGAUGGUGGACGAAACGGAGCCACUGAGGAAGAAGAUGUGUCUACAGAGACCUGAACUGUAG